AUGGCUCUUAUGACCACUAGUAGUGCCCAUGAGCUGGUCUGUGCACAGCAGCUCUUCUAUGCUGAGGCCUCUGCCUGGGCACCACAAGGCAGUGAACUCCCCUGGCAGCAGGAGUUCAACUCAGUCUGCAGUGGGUCAGAAGGAGCAGUGAAGGAGUGCCACAACCUUCUGUCCUUCUUGCAGAUCCUUGACACCAUGGAUAGCAUGUUGGAGGUGCUGGUGUUCAACUCUGCCAUUUUCAGUGUCUUGGAGCUGCAGAAUAUCUUGCAGGAUGUUUUCUUCCUGAUGCCAUCAGUCUGCCACCUCCAGCUCUCCAUCACUCCUCCUGACCACUCUGUCUUUCUGCUCUUGUUCAGGCAGGAUAAUCCAGAGCAUGUAGAGUUCCCAGAAGAGUGGGAAGCUGAUGAUGUGCUCUGCCUUUCAUGGACUAGCAACAUCAGUGUGAUCAUGAUGCUCUCCUUGAUGCUGGGCAGCCCCUCUGACCCUGUUGAUGACCUCAUGACACCUGCCUGCCCGCUGCUGGCCAAUCAGCCAGCCAGCCAGCGCGGAGGUGGGCGGGGCCCGGCAGCAGCCCGCGGGCUGGGCAGCCUGGCGGGGCGGCGCGGCACUUGCUCGCCGCCGCCCUCUCAGCGGCAGCCGCCAGCCCGGAGCCUGGCGCCGGCCCAGGGCUCCACGCGCCAGCUGCCCGCGCUGCCCGCCGGCGCUGGAGGCAGGCGCGCCAGGACACAGCGGGCAUCCUGCCCUCCGGCGAGCUGCGCCCGUGGAGUCGACCAAGCUGGGGGCCGAGAGAGGCCCUCAGGCGAGGGCCUUGCGGCUGGCAUGGGGCCGCUGGAGCUGCGUGUGGCGAAAAUGGAGUCCCACUCUGCAAGCUGGGGUCCGGUACCACCUGCAGGAUCUGGCCUAGAAAGCAGCUACUGCUUCAUUACGGAUGGAAUCGCUCCGCCACAAAGGAUGCUUUUCCCACCCGAGAAGAUUUCUGUGGCUUGGCGGCAAAGGCAAAGUGUUGGAGCUGGACUCCACAACCUGGGCAACACGUGUUUCCUCAACUCUGUUCUGCAGUGUUUGACCUACACUCCCCCUCUGGCCAAUUACAUGCUUUCCGGGGAACACAGCCAGUCGUGUCGUGCGCAAGGCUUCUGCAUGCUGUGCACAAUGGAGACGCACGUUAACCAGGUCCUGUUCUGCUCUGCCAAUGCCAUCGAGCCUACGGCUGUCUUCAGUGACCUUAGACGGAUAGGGGAGCACUUCUGUUUUGGCAGACAGGAAGAUGCUCAUGAAUUCUUACGUUACACCGUGGCUGCUAUGCAGACAGCUUGUUUGAGCGGAAGCACCGACUUGGACAGCUCGUCGCAAGCCACCACGGUCAUUCACCAAAUAUUUGGAGGGUUUCUACGAUCCAGAGUGACGUGCUUGAGCUGCCAAGCAGUUUCGGACUCCUAUGAGGCGUUCCUUGAUAUCCCUUUGGAGAUAACGGCAGCCUCCUCGGUCUCUGGAGCGCUGGAAGAAUUUGUGAGACCUGAACUGCUGGAUGGUGAGAAUUGCUACAAAUGCAGCAAGUGUGAGAAGACGGUUGCUGCGUCCAAGAGGUUUACAGUUCAUCGCUCUUCCAACGUUCUCACCAUAGCCCUGAAAAGAUUUGCCGAUUUCACUGGUGGGAAGAUUAGCAAGGACGUGAACUAUCCAGAGUAUUUGGACCUUCGAGCGUACAUGUCUGAGUCAGCUGGAGAGCCAGUCCGCUACGCCUUGUACGCCGUGCUGGUGCACAGAGGUGCCAGCGGUCGUGCAGGGCACUAUUUCUGCUUCGUCAAGGCCAGUAAUGGACUAUGGUAUGAGAUGAAUGAUGCCUCGGUAGUCCUUUGCGACAUCAACACCGUUCUCAGUCAGCAGGCGUAUUUACUUUUUUAUAUCAGGUGCUGUGAGGAGACACUUGGAGAAGGCACUUCUUACGCACCUGUGCCAUCCCCUGCCCCUUCGUUCCUUGGUCAGCAGGAGGCUAAUAAUAAGCAGGCCGGAUUUCUGGGACCACAGCAUCCUCCUCAUAUGAUGAAGUAUGAUCUGGAUUUCUCUGUGCUCCAUGUUGACAGCGGCAAGCAUAAGGAGAAGAAGAAAAAGAGGAGACCCAUGAAGAAGCUGAAAAGCUUCUUGGAAUGCUCAGAUCCUCGUUUGCAGAAGUGCCCGUGGGAGGAGAAGGAAGAAGCCCAUCCUCCAGGCGGCUCUCUAUGGGAGCAGUAG